AUGCAGUACUCCAAGACUGUCCUCGCCACUUUGCUGAUGGCUUUCGCCACUCAGACCUUGGCCGAUGGCCCAUCGAUCUGCGGUUCCAACGAGCCCGGUGGAACCAGAGUUGCUGGACACUGCGGCCAGGAUGCUCAAGUCUGCUACAACAACGACGGGGGCAUUCUAUGCACAUGCUUCGACAACAAGGCUUGCGAAACUGAAUGCGGCACUGAUACGCCCAAUCUCUUCGGAGGUGGAUCCUGCCUUUGCUGCUAA